UGGAUAUUUGAGUUUGAUCUUGAUCUCAAUUCCCUGUCCUGUCACUUGCUCAAUCCCAGCCGUGUCUGCAACAUGUUCUUGGUAUUUCGGACUUCCUCGGACUACAUGUUCCAGCGCGUGCCUGAGCACAACCAGUAAAUGGGUGGACGGAGAGACAUCAGCAGUUGCAGGGCGAAUUAGUCGAUAUUUAUUCCACUGGGAUCCAUCCCAUGUGAGCCUCUACUUGUUCAAACGAUUGCUCACUGACAGGUGGAUGGAAACGAUCUAAACCGAUGAUAGCAUACUUCGCGAAGCAGCAAUCACCGCAUCCUCGGAGUAUGAUAUUUCCCCGGAAAAAAUACUACAAGAGGAGGGCCACACCCUGUUUGUCUCAACCACAGCUUGUUGACUCCCCACAAUGCUUCACUCCACCUCCAGUCUCGUCAAGUCCUGUGUCGCUCUGCUUUGGCUUGCAGGCGCCAUCGUUGCUGCCACCCCUGGCCCCGCCCAGGCGGCGUCGCGGUCGCAUGAUCCUGUCCACUGGUCAAUCACACCGCACACCGUGAAGCUUGUCCAAGUCACGACCCCGGUCGACUACGACACGGUCUCAACGCGACUAUACUCGAUGAUCGGAACGGUCAACGGCAACGCGACCCUUUCCACAGCAUCUUCGCUGACGGUGCUGGAAGAGAGAGUCGCUGCAUCCGUCGGCUCGAGUGAUUUGAUCCACUUCGCGGAAUAUAACCACGGUGGUUGGUUCCAGCUGUUCAACGCGAACACGACACCCCGCUUCAAGCUCUUCGUCAUCGGCAACCCCCUCAUCGCCGACACCAUCGUCAAGUACGACAUCCGCGCGUCGUACGGCGUCCCCGUCCGGGUUUUGGUUAUGGAGAACGGGAAUGGGACGAAGAUAUUCUAUCAGCUUCCCUCCUCGGUGGCCAACAUGAUCGGGUCAGAGCCGCUGCAGACGGCCGCAGAGGGCCUGGACCAGACGUUUGCAGCGUUGGUUACUAACAUAACCGUUGCUGCGUAGAAAGACUCGUUUCCAAUCAUGAAUUAGCCGAUUCGGA